UAUUUUUAUGACCUUGGAAUACCGAGGCAAACAGAAAUCAUGAAUUAAAAUAUUUUAAUAUUUUUUCAUUUAUUUAAACAACCAUGUAGUUUGUGUUUUGUGCUUAUCUGCUCAUUCGUUAUUAGCGAUAAAUUUUAUUAUGGAUCCUACCAUCGAAAAGAUCUCCGAUUUAUCAGGAACCGACGUUGAGCCCGAUCAAGAAGCUAACGAUCUAUUGAGAAACGGAAUUUUAGUAGAAACUAGUAAAGGGCUAGUUUGUAUGUCCCUAAAUGACGCAUUAUCGUCUAAUCUCAAUCUUUCUGUUGAUGACUUGAGAAACGUAGCUGCUCAACUAAUCAUACAACAAAAUGUUGUCUGCAGCAAAGAUAGAACUGUCCCUAACGCAAUGGGACGAAUUUGUGAUAGUGACGGAGGCUUUUCUAGUGAAUGUAGUGAUAGCACAUACACAACUAGUGGUUCAAAUACUGUUUAUCCUUCAUUUACAAAGUUUUCAAACCUACCCAAUGAAGUCCAGCUAACAGGCAUUACAAGACCCAUAGGCACAGAUAAAUCUAGUGAAGAAUCUGACUCCACCAAAAGUAGCAUAAUAAAUGACGGCUGUGUGUUACCUCACCAGGUACCUGUAAAGAAAAAAGGCAGAGGUGGUUGGCCAAAAGGGAGAAAACGUAAACCGGAACUUCUGAAUCUACCUCCUAAAGCGCCAGCUACUAGUUAUAAUUUGUAUUUGAACGAACAAAGAGGUUUCUUCAAAGAUAGCAAAUUACCAUUUUAUGAAAUUACAAAAAUUAUAGGUAAUAGAUGGUCUAGUCUGACUUUAGAACAGAAGAAACCUUACUUAGAAAAAGCAGAAGAGGAUAAGAAAAGGUAUCGUGAUGAAUUAAAGCAAUAUAGACAGUCAGGAGCUUACAGAUCUUACUUGAAUAAGAAACGGAAAAAAAGACUGCAGAAUAAUGUGCUGUCAGAGAGUGAUAUGGAUGCUACAGAUGACUUUGAUGAGGAAGAUAAUGAAGAAUUAUAUUGCCGUACCUGCGACCAGUGGUUCCAUAACAUGCAUAACAAAAGAGAACAUCUUCAAGCUAAGAAACAUUUGACAUCUUUAGCCGGAGAUAUCCAUAGGGAAUUAUCCGAUAUAGAAUCGUCUACAACAGUGCAAACUGAAUAUAGUACAGUGAGUACAUCACUGGACGAGUCCAGCAUGGAUGGAUCCAGUUUCAAGAGCAAAACUAUACAGGAGACUGAAAAUACCAGUUGCACACUAUACGAGGCAAUGUGCAAUUUAGAAAAGUUAGUACAAAAGAGAGAAUACGAAGUAAGCGCUUUACAAAACAGACAACAGGAAGCAAUUGAUCAGCAAAGAGCAUUGUGUCAGCAACUGCUCCAACUCAACGAAAGAUACUCCAAACUGAAGAAAGAUCUGUCGCGGCUGAAAGAAAAGGAAAAAGAGAUCGAAAUAAGCGUGUUUCAUCUGUGGCAAGUGCCUAGCUGGUUCGUCAUCACUGAUCCAGCAGCGUCAGAUCCGGUUGCUGACUUGUUAGAAGGGGCCAGUUGAACCAAAUGGUUUUAUUUACAUUUUUUAUUAAUAAUAUUAGUUAUUUUUUAAUAGUUUUUUUUGUUAUUGUGUGUUAAACUUCAGAGUAAAGAAGAAUGCUUAGGAUUUUUAUAAGAAAUAAAGGUACAGUAUCGGACAAAAUUAGAGUGACAUUUAGUUUUAUUGUUAUAUACAGGUUGCGACAACUGGGAUUUUAGUAUUGAGUUAUUUAACAAAAAGUUGAUGCGAAAUUUCUUCAGAAUACCCAAUAAUUUUAACGUAUGUCAUGUGAUACCUAUCAUGGUAAAUUCUCAUUGCAAAUGCGGAGAAUGUGAUUAGUUGAAAACAUAUUGGAAAAAGACAAAGAGUUGUUCACAUAUUGAUUUUAAGUUUAUACACGGACUUUUAUAAAUAUACGGGGGGCUUUCAAAAUAUAUCAAUUUUAUUGGAAUUUUUUGAAAGAUUUCUCAGGUAUGCUUGUGAAAGGUGGUACAUGGACGCGAAAUAAAAUUCUGAAUAUCUUUUUUCUUUGACUUUUUUCGAUAUUUUGUCACCUAACCCCACUUUUUCCAUAUGUAAAGAGCACAUAUCCCAUAAAUAUUAUACAGGGUGGUCCGAACUGUAUUCCGGAAACUUCGGCAACAUAUUCUGCAGAUAAAAAUAAG